AUGUUCGGACCAUUCUGCACCGGAAUCUUCUUGUUUUUGGCCCUCUGGGGUACUGUUUUUAUGCUGAAUCCAAAGAUAUGGAAAAUAAACCAUGGAAGGACAGAACGAAUAAUUGGAAUAACCUCUACCAACAGAACGCCUACAACUGCUGGAUCGCGUGUGGAGUCUACGUCGGAAUCGCCGUUCUUCUCAGUCUUCGUGCCUGCUGCCUCGUCAAACGAUAAAUUAUCUGAAAAAUCUGAAAUUCGGAAUCCCCCCGGUCUUUUUAUUUGUUUUUCAAGUUACUCAAUUUAUAUUUCUAGUCUCUUUUCGUGUACAUUUUAUAGAUCGAUAAACAAUUUUUAUCGCAAAUGA